GAAGCGCCAGCCGGGCGGGCACGGCGGGGCGCCUCCACCUGGGGCGGGGAGGGAGCGGUGGUAGGCCCCCGCCCGGCGGGGGGGGGGCGCCGUACGGGGGUGCAGAGUGGCCAGCGUCGCCGCGGAGAUGGCGCGGCACGUGCGGUGACGGUGCCCGCGCCCCGAGGGUCCCAGCCUCGCGUCCCGCGUCCCCGGGCGACCAUGGAGCGCCCGGAGCCCGAGCUGAUCCGGCAGAGCUGGCGGGCGGUGAGCCGCAGCCCGCUGGAGCACGGCACCGUGCUGUUCGCCAGGCUGUUUGACCUGGAGCCUGACCUGCUGCCACUCUUCCAGUAUAACUGCCGCCAGUUCUCCAGCCCGGAGGACUGCCUGUCGUCCCCCGAGUUCCUGGACCACAUCAGGAAGGUGAUGCUCGUGAUUGACACUGCAGUGACCAAUGUAGAGGAUCUGUCCUCGCUGGAGGACUACCUUGCCGGCCUGGGCAAGAAGCACCGUGCAGUGGGUGUGAAGCUCAGCUCCUUCUCGACGGUGGGUGAGUCCCUGCUCUACAUGUUGGAGAAAUGCCUGGGUCCCGCGUUCACACCAGCCAUGCGGGCCGCCUGGAGCCAGCUCUACGGGGCCGUGGUACAGGCCAUGAGUCGAGGCUGGGAUGGCGAGUAAGAGGCGCGGCCCCUGCCCAGGGGCCUCCACCUGGCGGCUGCCAUCUUUUUGUGUCUGCCUGUUGCUCUGUGUCUGUGGUAGCCCAGGCUCCCUUAGGCCUCCCUGCAUCGUGGUUCUUAUCCCCUUGGCUGUCCUGGGAGGUGACAGAGCAGGACUGGGUCUCCAUCCCCCUCACCUCCAACUGUAGAUGGGGGUGGCUUUUCCUUCCACAAGGGGAUUUCCCUGCACCCCUAGUAGCCUCUUCCUUGCCUGCCUUCUUUCUCUCUGGCAUCCCCUUCUCCACUAGGAGAAGAGCAGUGUUUGACCACAGAGGUGGUAUGGGGCUGGGAAGGUGAAGAGCUCUGAUAGCAUGGGUGCUUGUCAGCCGCCCUCGUCAGGCGGGCCUAGGCCAAGCAGGGGAGUGGGGGGCAGAGCUUCGGACACCUUCCCGUUUUGCCUGUCUUCCAUGCUUUUCUCUCCCAGGGGCCUUUGCCUUUCACAAGUAAAGAGGAGGGACUUUGUUAGCCUUCGUGGUAGAAUCCCAGGGAGUGGGAGCAGGUAGUCAAGGGAACCGCUGAGGACGGGAGAGCUGACCUCAUCUGGGUCCCAGAUGCCCCCUGCCAGGGUAGUAUUUCUUUUGCUAUAUCCCGUUCCCCCAUUCAAGCUGCUGCUGGGAGCUCCUUUAGUACCACUCUGCAGGAACAGCUAGCCAGCCGGGGGAGGGGGGUGAAAGGGAAGGGGGAAGUGCAAGGAAGGAGGGGUGAUUUCAUUUCAAAGAGCCAAAGAGACCUGAGUUCUGAUGGCUCUUCCCCACCUGCUCCAGCAGGGCUGGGUCUUAUCCCCG